AUGAAUGAUUCUUUGGGAUCUCUAUCAACAAAUGAUUCUUCAGAAGGACAGGCUAGAAAAAAAAAGAAAAGCCAUGUUAUAUCUAAAAAGACAGUUCGAUAAAUUAAUAUUAGUUAUAAUGAAAUGGUCCAAUUGCUUAAUCCAUAAAAUUUGUUUAUUAACAAAAAUUUAGAAGAAUAAUUUAAUGUCAUUAAAACGUAACAUUUAAUCUUAUCUCAAUAGAAUUGAUGAAUCUUCAUAUUUUCCUCACUUUAAAUUUAUAUUUGACGAAAAUUUAGUUUGCUCAGAAAUAAAAUGGGAUCGUUUACCCACACUGAUCAAAUUAACAUCAUGA